AUGGGAUCAAGAAGUAGUAAAAGAGCCGUAGAUAAUUCGGAGUUAUCUGAUGAGAUGUCAACAGAAAAACUGGAACAUCAACAUGGAAAAUAUGGAGAAUGUAAAGAAUGCAUGCAACAAAAUACUGGAUAUGGAUGUUGGUAUCAUGAUUAUGAUGAUAAGAAAAAAUUUCCUGAAUUGUGGAAUCAAAUUGAAUCGAUUGAAAAGUCUCGAGUUUCUGAAAGUUCAUCAAAUGAAAAUGAUAAAACUACAAGAGCUUCUUAUAUUACUCAUCAUCAAGCUAACUACACUAGUUGUUCUUUAAGUUUUGCAAACCUUUCACAACCCGUAAAUGCGUCGGAUAUCCUUGUAUAA